UCACCUACUGAACACAAUAUGCACAUCUUCCAAGUCCUCUAUAAAUAUCUGGAGCAUGUCUUCCUAUAUAUCAACCAAUUCGUAUUAGAGACCUUAGCCCAAGGUCCCAUCCCACAACAUGUAGCAUUCAUAAUGGAUGGAAAUCGACGCUAUGCAAAAGAUAAGUCGAUUUCCAUCGCAGCUGGUUAUUUAGCCGGCGCAAAAGCUCUAGUGAAGAUUUUGGAUACAUGCUUCGAUUGCGGAAUAAAUGUUAUAUCCCUCUACGCCUUCAGCCUUGAAAACUUCAACAGACCGAAAGAGCAGGUCGAUGUUCUUAUGAAGUUGCUAGAAGGGACACUUGGAGAAAUGGGUGAGCAUGACCCAUUGGUGAAGAAACACAAUCUUAGAAUCCGGGUGUUGGGUCGUUUGGAAUUGCUAGAAGACCACGUUCUAAGGGCUAUUUCCAAAACUAUGAAUGCUACCAAAAAUAACCGGGGUAAGACUGUGAAUAUCUGUGUCGCUUAUACUGGCAGGGAUGAGAUUGCAUCUUCUAUCAGGGAAACAGUUUCUGGUUCUGGUUUCCCUAGCAAGAUAACAGCCAAGUCUUUGACGGAGAAUAUGUUUAUGGGGUUUCCGCCGCUGGAUCUUCUGAUACGUACGUCGGGGGUCUAUCGUUUGAGUGAUUUUAUGCUCUGGCAGUGUCACCAAGAGACUGAUAUAGAGGUUGUGGAGAUGAACUGGCCUGACUUUGGAAGAUGGGAUAUAGGUUUGAUUUUGUUGAGAUGGCAAAGCAGAAAAAAGGCUCUGGCUGACGUGUGA